GUAUUCAGUGUAAGAAUAAUACUCGAAAGAGUCAUACAGUUUACAAGUAUAGUCAAAAUCCAUGUGUGUUUGAAAAUAAAAAACAAAAAUGACAGUUUACACGAAAUCUUUGAUUUUACUAACAGUUUUUUCAUGCUUCGCGUGGUCAAUGACAAUGGCUCAGGAAUCACCGAUAAAUGUUUUAAAAAGUAUGAAUUCAUCGAAUGCUAAAGAGGCAGUGCAAAACGCCAUGUCAAAGUUCGAUACACAGGGAAUGAAUAUUUCCGACGUGAUCGUGGAAAUUCGUAAAUACGUCAUUCCUUUCUUCAAAAUUUCUCUUUUCCUUCUCGACAAUUUGUUGAGAAACACGCAAAAUAUGUCUUUACCUUGCAUUAUUACAUCAUGGAUACCACUGCAGGCCAUGUGUACGUCGUUGAAGAGACAUUGACUAAUUAUACGAAACAUGUAAAGAAAUACUUUCAUAGUGUACAAGGAUUAUUUACCAUAAAAUAUACUUUAAAUAAAGAGUUUUUAUCUUGAAAACAUG